UGAUACCUGCAAGUUUUAGAAACCAUUAUCACAAUGUCGGUGAAGUUUACUUUGCUCUUGGCGUUUGCUUUCUCCACGUGUACACAAGAUUGUUUUGGAUUGCUGGACGAGACGGCCCAACAAACGGUGGAAAGUCUGGCCCUGGACAUUCAACAGCUGACUGAGCGGCUGGAGAGACUCGAAAAUGAAAAACAUUCAGAAUCCGGCCCUGUGGCGUUUACAGCAUAUCUAUCAACAAACAUGGGCACAGUCAGUCCACACCAGCACAUCAUCUUCGACAACGUUAUCACAAACGUCGGAGGCAGUUACAACGCACUACAAGGGCAUUUUACUGCCCCGGUCCGGGGUGUAUACGUCUUCCACGUUAUGAUUACCAGCCUGAUGGGCCAUUCUGCCAGCGUUCAACUUCUUCAUAACGGCAACUGGAUUGGUCACGUCCUUGCUGAUGAUUUACCAAGUUCGCACGAAACCUCGACCUUAUCAGUCAGUGUCCAGCUUGAGAAAAGUGACCAAAUUUGGGUGCAGAACGAAUACGCGUAUUCCGGUGUCGAAUCCAUUGACGGCAAUAGAUGGUCCUCGUUUGUUGGCUACCUCGUUAAAGCAAAUUGAUUUGUGCAAGUUAUAAAAUAAAAAUAAUAAACAUUCCCCUUCCU